AUGUCUCCCAACAGCGCAUUCCACGGAGCCGGCCAGUCCAGCGUCGGCCACGCUGCCUUCUACGAGGCCGGCGACCAGCGCAACCCGCCGCAGGCUGUCCUCAACGAGCGCGAGCGCUACAAGGAGGGUGUGCACGGCAGCCACAAGAACCUCGACUCCAAGGAUGAGCGAUCCAUCGCCAACAAGCUCGCCUCGCAGGAGAAGAAGCCGAACCCUUCGCACCACCACAACAACGAGUUCAACGACGAGGCCGAGCUCAGCAAGCAGGACCCUACGAAGCCGGCCAAGUUGCACGGCAACGCUCCCUCCAAGGGAGCCAAGAUCGACGCCGAGCUGCAGCAAGAAGAUGAGCAGCGUCUGCGCGAGAAGGGAAUGAAAUAA